GGAGUUUGGAGAGACGUAUGGGGUCUGAAAAAAAAUCCUUGCCCGUAAUCGGCACUACCGCGUCCUCACUAGAAGGUUUAUCUUUCUAAAGAGAGUCGGGUGGGGCCUGGAAAGGAAUUAAGAAGAGUGUGGAAAGUGCGAGUGCGGAAGCUCCGGACGCGAGGGGCGGGGCGUGUGCGGGACAAAGGGAAGCGAGGCCGGAGCUGCGGGCGCUUUUUCUGCCCGCGGUGUCUCAGAUUCAUUCUUAAGGAACUGAGAACUUAAUCUUCCAAAAUGUCAAAAAGACCAUCUUAUGCCCCACCUCCCACCCCAGCUCCUGCAACACAAAUGCCCAGCACACCAGGGUUUGUGGGAUACAAUCCAUACAGUCAUCUCGCCUACAACAACUACAGGCUGGGAGGGAACCCGGGCACCAACAGCCGGGUCACGGCGUCCUCUGGUAUUACGAUUCCAAAACCCCCAAAGCCACCAGAUAAGCCGCUGAUGCCCUACAUGAGGUACAGCAGAAAGGUCUGGGACCAAGUAAAGGCUUCCAACCCUGACCUAAAGUUGUGGGAGAUUGGCAAGAUUAUUGGUGGCAUGUGGCGAGAUCUCACUGAUGAAGAAAAACAGGAAUAUUUAAACGAAUACGAAGCAGAAAAGAUAGAGUACAAUGAAUCUAUGAAGGCCUAUCAUAAUUCCCCCGCAUACCUUGCUUACAUAAAUGCAAAAAGCCGUGCAGAAGCUGCUUUAGAGGAAGAAAGUCGACAGAGACAGUCUCGCAUGGAGAAAGGAGAACCUUACAUGAGCAUUCAGCCUGCUGAAGAUCCAGAUGAUUAUGAUGAUGGCUUUUCAAUGAAGCAUACAGCCACCGCCCGUUUCCAGAGAAACCACCGCCUCAUCAGUGAAAUCCUUAGUGAGAGUGUGGUGCCAGACGUCCGGUCAGUCGUCACAACAGCUAGAAUGCAGGUCCUCAAACGACAGGUCCAGUCCUUAAUGGUUCAUCAGAGAAAACUAGAAGCUGAACUUCUUCAAAUAGAGGAGCGACACCAGGAAAAGAAGAGGAAAUUCCUGGAAAGUACAGAUUCAUUUAACAACGAACUUAAACGGCUGUGUGGUCUGAAAGUAGAAGUGGAUAUGGAAAAAAUCGCAGCUGAAAUUGCUCAGGCCGAGGAGCAGGCUCGCAAAAGACAGGAGGAAAGGGAGAGGGAGGCAGCAGAGCAAGCUGAACGCAGCCAGAGCGGCAUUGUCCCCGCGGACGAGCAGGCGGCCAGUAAGCCGGAAGAGAAGAAGGAGGACGAGAGCAUUCCCAUGGAGACAGAGGAGACACACCUGGAGGAAACGACGGAAAGCCAGCAGAACGGUGAAGAGGGCACGUCUACUCCUGAGGACAAGGAGAGCGGGCAGGAGGGGGUGGACAGUAUGGCGGAGGAAGGGACCAGUGACAGCAACACUGGCUCAGAGAGCAACAGCGCGACAGUGGAGGAGCCCCCGACGGACCCCGCGCCAGAAGAUGAGAAGAAGGAAUAGAUGUUGCCUUGUUUUAUGUGUUCUAAAUACUUUUUUAAAAUGAAAAAAUGUUUUUUGAGUUUUAA